AUUGUAUAUAUAACGUUGAUUUUUUAAAUCGAAUUUUUUGCGCGUUUCAAGCGUCUUUUCUCCUCUUUGAUUAAUGGUUCCCGCACGUAACAACAUGUUUCUCGUUUGCGUGACCGUGGGACUUGUCUUUUUGGCGUCGAAGUAUCGCAACAACGUACUUCGCAGCGUCAAGCAUCUGUAUAAAAAUAUUAAAAAUCGCGAUGGCAGUAAGGAUACUGAUAAUACAGCCAAGUGCGAUAAGCAUGAUACUGAUAAUAAUAAUAAUAAUGAGGAUAAUGACAACAAAGAGAAUAAGCUUAUAUUAGACGAGAUUAUUCUGGCCGACUCUCCGGAAAAAUGCGAUUACGCCGUACAGCGUAUUCGUUGUGAUCUGUCUGAUGGUGUACUGGGUUUCGAUUGUGAAUGGGUCAAAGAAGGACCUGUCUCUCUGUUACAACUAGCUACUCACAAUGGAGUAGUUGCUUUGUUUCGCAUUGGAAAGAUUGGAUACAUUCCACCUAAACUUAAGGAAUUGUUAGCUAGUAAACACAUCCUUAAAGUCGGGAUCUCUUCGUUUGAAGAUGGACAUAAGAUUGUAAAGGAUUAUGGAUGUAGAGUUAAUGGAACUGUUGAUUUAAGAACCCUAGCUGAAAAUUUUAAUCUACCGAGCCGGAAGAGCUUAGCCGCCAUGUGUUUAGAAUAUCUUAAUAUAGAGAUGGACAAGAUAAUAGAAGUCAGGUGCGGUGACUGGGAUGCUAGCACCUUAACCGACGAACAAGUUGCGUAUGCCGCUUGUGAUGCGCUUGCAUCUGUUAUCGUUUAUCAUAAGAUAAUGCAAAAAGAAAAAGAAAAGUAUACGUUAUGGCAGAGAGUAGGAAUUUACUUAUAUAAUAUAUUGAGUAGUGAUAUCAAUGUGCGGAUUCAUGGUGUACCUGCUAGAACAGUCGAUACGAGGUAUAAAAAUUUAUGA